UACAAAAGAAAAAUAUCAGUACUAGUUGUGUGUAUAAAAGAUAAAGCUGCAGUACUAUUGGUGUAAGUUGUUGAUAACUUAAGCAGAGAUCGAAAAUGCAGAAGCAUAAUACUACUAAUAUUUAUAACUUGUUCAACAUCAUCUUGUUGAUACUUGUGGGGUUGCCAUUGAGCUCGUUAUCGAAGCAUGACGAUAAUUAUUCGGAGAAAUAUGCAGUGAUAUUUGACGCCGGAAGCACUGGUAGCAGAGUUCAUGUCUUCCGUUUUAACUCAAAUUUGGAUCUCCUCAAUAUUGGCAAUGAUCUUGAACUCUUCUUGGCGAUAAAACCAGGUCUGAGUUCAUAUGCAGAUGAUCCAAAGGCAGCUGCAAAUUCUCUAAAGCCCCUUCUUGAGAAAGCUGAAGCUGUUAUUCCUAAGAAUUUACAGUCUCAAACCCCUAUUAAAGUUGGGGCAACUGCAGGGCUGAGGUUGUUAAAGGGUGAUUCAUCUGAAAAGAUUUUGCAAGCAGUAAGAGAUUUGCUGAAAAAUGAAACUACUCUGAGUUAUAAGGAUGAAUGGGUCUCUGUUCUCGAGGGAACUCAAGAAGGUUCUUAUUUUUGGGUUGCUUUGAACUAUUUGUAUGGGAAUUUGGGGAAAAAUUACCCAGACACCAUUGCUACAAUUGAUCUUGGAGGUGGAUCAGUCCAAAUUGCUUAUGCUGUCUCAAAAGAAAGUGCUUUAAAUGCUCCAAAGCUACCAAAUGGAGACCCUUAUGUCCAACAAAAAUCACUUCUUGGAACUAAUUAUUACCUCUAUGUUCACAGUUUUCUUAAUUAUGGACUAUUAGCGGCUCGAGCUGAUAUUUUGAAGGCUUCUAAAAAUUAUACUAGUCCGUGCAUCGUGGAAGGGCACAAUGGGUACUACACAUAUAAUGGAGUAGCUUAUAAAGCUGCAUCACAAAAACAAGGUCCAAAUAUUAGGAGAUGUAAAGCAAUAAUAAGAAAAUUACUUCAGCUUGAUGCACCUUGCCAACACAAAAAUUGUUCAUUUGCUGGGAUUUGGAAUGGUGGAGGUGGAGCUGGAACAAAAAAUCUCCAUAUCUCUUCAUUUUUCUAUGAUUAUGCUUCUACAGUUGGUAUAGUGGAUCCAAAAGAGCCCUCUGGUAUAACUCAGCCAAUACAAUACUAUAAAGCAGCGACGCUGGCUUGUAAGACUAAGAAGCAAAACAUGAAAUUAGUAUUCCCUAACAUUGGCGAUAAAGAUAUACCCUUUAUCUGCAUGGAUCUAUUAUAUGAAUACACUUUGCUGGUACAUGGAUUUGGCAUUGAUCCAAUCAGAAAGAUUACAGUGGUGCAUCAAGUUAAUUACAAAAAUCACCUUGUUGAAGCUGCAUGGCCAUUAGGCUCUGCUAUUGAUGCUGUCUCAUCCACAACAUCAGAAAAAUUGAUUUCAUAUGUUGGGAUAAGUUAUUAGUGUUAAUUUCGUUCUCAUGUGUUAAACUAAUUAGAGCAAUUUCUCCUAUGGUGAAUUUAGUAGGAGCAGCU